UCUGGUCAUACUAACCACACUGUUUUUCGUGUUUUUGCAUGGCAAGAUUUUUGCAAAAAGUAAAUACAUAAACUAAUGUAAUUUGUGUUGUGCUUUCGUUAAAAGUCAAGUGGACACGAUAUUUAACAAUAUUUUGGGGUAAAUAUUUUAUGAUAUCCCCAAGUGACAAAUUACCCCGUCAGUGUAAAUGUUCCAAUUAGAGUGUGUCCAUUGGACUGAGGGCGAAGCGUCUGAUAAGUAGCCAUCUUCCUAGAAUGGCGAGUGAAUUUCUGCUAAAUAUAUACAAAUGUUAAAACUCAAUCGUCGUACAGGGUGGGCACUGAGAUAUUUAAAAAUUUAACCAUCUCGGAGAAACAAGAACAGUAGCAUUAUUAACGUAACAACAAUAACAACACACAGACAUGUGCAUCGCGCAGCUAAUCUAUUGUAAAUAAACUGCGUCUGCGUCCAUUGUGAACGUGCACCUUUUCUCGGUCACGUACGCCGAUUCCGAUUCUUAGAUUCCCGAUUCGCCGAUUCCCAUUGCACCUGCUGUACGGAUUACAGGAAUUACGCAAAAAAAAAGUGCCCCACAUCCUCCAGAGACGCCCGCUGAAAGGGUAUCCCAAGAGGAGGAGUAGGAGCACGAGGAGCAACUGCAGCAGCAGUCAGUUCCAGAUCGAGGACUCCGAGAGAAUUGUGUCUCGAAGAGUAGUAAAGCCGGAAAGUCAGAACGAAGCGAUAUAGAAACGGUGACGAAAAAUGAAAAUGUCUGAGGUGCCACGUAUUAUGGUCUUUCGACCCACUUGGGAGGAGUUCAAAGACUUUCCCAAGUAUGUUGCUUACAUGGAAUCGCAGGGCGCUCACAAAGCCGGUCUGGCCAAAGUGGUUCCUCCACCAGAAUGGGUGCCCCGUCGCAGUGGGUACGCCGAUCUGGAUGCGUUGAAUGUCACGAUACCGGCACCCAUCUGCCAGGUGGUCACCGGCAAACAGGGCUACUACCAACAGAUUAAUAUUCAGAAAAAGCCACUCACAGUUAAACAGUUCAGUGACCUGGCCAGCACUGAGCGUUAUGCUACACCUAAACACUUUGACUUUGAGGAUCUGGAGCGCAAGUACUGGAAGAACAUAACAUAUGUGGCGCCCAUUUACGGGGCAGAUGUCAGCGGGAGCAUCACAGACGCCGACCAGGAUAGCUGGAACAUCAACCGGCUGGGCACCAUCCUAGACUAUGUGAACAAGGACUACAAUAUCCAGAUUGACGGUGUGAACACAGCAUACUUGUACUUUGGCAUGUGGAAGACUACUUUUGCAUGGCACACAGAGGACAUGGACCUGUACUCGAUCAAUUACCUGCACUUUGGAGCGCCAAAGACGUGGUACGUGGUACCGCCCGAGUGUGGCCGUAAGCUGGAGAAGGUUGCCAAUCAGUAUUUUCCUGCCAGCUACAAGAACUGUAACGCUUACUUGCGCCACAAAAUGACGCUCAUCUCACCACAAAUCCUCAAGCAUCACGACGUUCCCGUCAGUAAGAUCACGCAGGAGGCGGGCGAGAUUAUGAUAACGUUUCCAUUCGGCUAUCAUGCCGGCUUCAACCACGGCUUCAACUGUGCCGAGUCCACAAACUUUGCUAUGGAACGCUGGAUUGAGUACGGCAAGCGGGCGGUGCAGUGCACCUGCAGCAAUGAUAUGGUCAAAAUCUCAAUGGACACAUUUGUCAAGCGCUUUCAAAGCGACCGCUACGAACUGUGGAUGGAGGGGCGUGACUUGGGGCGUCAUCCGGAAGACCCGGCGAAUGGGGUGCCUAGCGCCGCUCCCCUUCCACCACAUCUCGAUGUCUUGCUAUGUGAUAAAAAAAUGAAAAAGCAAUGCAACCCAACCAAGACCAAGAGCUUUAAGGAGCGUAAUCCUGAUCUGGAUCUGGAUGAAAUCCAACAGAAUCCCAACGUACCCGACGAUGUCAAGGCCAUGCUGAAAGAGAGCGUUCUCACGCUGGACACCGGUGAUCUGGCCACUGAAGAGGGCGACUUUCCCAACGAGGAUGCAAUGAGUCCGGCGGACCUGAAGACUAAGCAGGAACUGCUCGAGUACAUAGACGACGGCACAGAAGACGAUGACGAGGAGGAGGACUUCAAGCGACGCAAGCAGAAGCGUCGGUAUGAUGCUGAUUAUGACGAUGACUGGCUGGCGUCCAAGCGUAAGACCCACUCGCGAAAUAGUAGUCGAGGUCGUAGUCCGCGCACCAAGGACGACCGUUCCAUAUCGCCUGCAUCCUCGACGUCAUCGACAUCGCGUGGGGCGAGACGUGGCAAGGCCAGUGGAACGCCCCGAAAGACAGCGGGAAGACGGAAAAAGGAGACGAAUGUCACUCCUCCGGCGGCAGCAACUUUUGCUGCCGCAACACCACCCAUGGCAGCAGUGGCUGUUGCAACGACAACACAACAAAACACAACAGCAGCAGCAGCAGCAGAUGGCGGAGGAGAUGCCAAAAAGGAGCAACAGAAACUGCAGUUUAUGCAAAAGUCUCGUAAAUUUGAGGGCAAGAUACCAAAACUAAGUCAUACGAGCUCCACAGCAGCAGCAGCAGGAGGAGCAGAAGAAGCAUCAACAGAAGCAUCCACAUCCAAGUCUAGUCAAGAGCAGCAGCAACAGAUUGUCUACGUCAACAUGUUGCCCGCGGCCAAUACCCUAAAUGGCAUUCCACAGCAGCAGCAGCAGCAACAAUACGGCAGCACGGACGGAAGUGUCUAUCAGCUGCAAAAUGAAAUACUCUGUGAUGCAAACGGACAUGCCGUGACUGCCGCCACGGCAACAUAUCAAACUACGGCCAGCAGUCCACAGCAGCAGCAGCAGCAACAGCAACAGAAUGUUGCAACCAGUGUAGCCGACAAUGUGGUCACAACUAUUAGUUCGUCCUCCAUCCUGCACACGAACGCCAACACCAACGGAGUGGACACGAUCACCGCCACCCACGCCCAGCAACAGCAGCAGCCACAUUAUCACUACAUCACCACCACCGGCGAGGAUGGACAAACACCGACCACCAUAGUGUUCGAGAACUACAACGGCGGAAUGCCAGCGGUCAGUUCUGCCGCACCAACGCCCGUUCCCGUGUCGCAAGGCAACUCAGCCGCAACCACGACAACCACGGCCCUGGUCAACACGGACGGAACGAUCAUCGAGUUCGAUGGAAACACCUACGAGGAGUACCAUGUUCUCAAAAGCGAGCCCGGUAGCAGCGAUUGCCUGAGUAAUGGCAGCAGUGCCGUGGCCGCCGACAUUAUCAAAUACGAGCCCCAGCACGGUAUCGUCGGUGAUGAUGAGGAAGACGAGGAGAACCUGCUGCAGGUCAAGUACGAGGAACAGAGUCUUGAGCACGAUCCGGAGAAUGAUCCGGACCAGGAGAACGAUUACGAAGAGUUCCAAGUAAUGAAGGCUGAAGUGGAGGCCGAGGCGGCGGAGCUAGCAGCCGGCACCACCAGCUAUACGGUUAGUCAGGAACAACCGGGCUCAGGCACCACGUUGGUCUCCGCGAUGGUGCCCAAGUCGGGAUCAGCGGCCGCUGCCAAGCAGAAACGCAAGCGCAAGACUCGUGUUAUCGCCGACGAUGAACAGGGCGAGUACCUGGAGAAGAUGAGUGUGCGUGGUCUGGACAUUGCCCGCUACGAGCACAUCAUCGACGGCGUGGCAUACUGCCUGGUCUGCGCCAAGAACGAUAUCUUCAAGACGUUCAAGAACAAGUACAGCUUCCAGCGACACGCCUACCUCUUCCACGAGGGCCAAAACCGCAAGAUAUUCGCCUGCCCCAUCUGUAACAAGGAAUUCUCUCGUCCCGACAAGAUGAAGAUGCACAAGAAGGACAAGCACGGCGAUGUGCCCAUGCCACCGUCGGCUACUACGACGCCGCUCAAGGCUGAGGGUCCGCCAGCGAAACGAGCGCGUACCGCCCGCACUCCGCGAGUUCGGAAGACCAAGGGUGGUGAUGGCAGCACGCCAGCCAAAAAGAGGCUGGCUCAGAUCGACAGUGUGCUGGAUGAUGUACAGAAUGGCGAGUCUCUGACCUUGGCACCUGUCAGUGUGAGCCACUCUCAGCAGCAACAACCACAGAUGCAGCACAGCUUGACCACCACGCUAGCUCCAACGACGCCUUCGCAGCCCCAACAUCAACUGCAGACUCUACCCUCGUUGGACUUCAGUGGAAUGAUCCUGCCCGGAGGGGCCCAGCUGGCACUGGCCAAUCCGGGGGCCACCAGUUCCGUUGGAUUGCAGCGAGGACCGGCGACGCCAAAUGGCGGUCAACCGACGGCGCCGACAACUACAUUAAUCUACUCGAAUCAACUGGAGCUUCAACAGGCGCUGUUACAACAACAACUGCACGGUCAGAGCAUCAUGAUCCAGGAUCAGGCUGGGAACCUUGUGCCACUACAAUUGGACGGCACUCAGGCGAUAUACACGACGGCGCCGCAGGCUCAGCGCCAGCAACCGACGGCGACCACAUAUCAGACGACCCAGCAACCGCAACAGCAACCCCAACAGCCUGCCACACAGGCGCAACAGCAGCAGCCGCACUACGAGCUGGACAAUGUGACCUAUCUAAGCUCCACCGCGGCGGCUACUCCAGCUGCAGCUGAACAACAGCAACAACAACAGCAGCAGCAACAGCAUGUGAUCGGUACGGUACAGAGCUACCAGAUCCUGACGCCCGACGGCCUGCAGAACUUCCAACCCAAAUUGGAAUCUGCCGAACUGGGCGACCUAUGUCCUUACUCUCAGUACACUUUCACCACGCACGCCGGCGCGCAGCCCACGCUAAAUGCGAACGCGCUGGACGCGCAGAAUCAGCAUCAGCAGCACCACCAACAACAGCAGCAACAACACCACCAGCAACAACACCAUCAGCAGACGCAACUACUGCAGCAACAGCCCUUCGCCACGCACCACAAUCCGCACCAGCAGUUCAUGGAGCUGAAGAACGAGCUGCUGAUCAAGGGCGGCGAUGCUUAUGCCUUGGACACCGCCUCCAUGUACCACCUGCCCUUCUCGCCCACCUCGAUGAUCAAUGCGGUGAACGAUGUGAACACCUCGUCCCUGCUGGAAACCAAAGAAAUUAGCAGCAGCAGCAGCGGCAACACCACUAGCAACACUGCCACCGACAACAACGUGAGCAGCAGCGCUAGCAAUGGCCUCAAGCCACCGGCCAAGAAGACGCCUGUCAUCCUGCUGGCUCGUGGUGCCGCCAAACAGCCGCAGCUCAGCAUUCUUAAUGGCAAUACUAAGGCCGGAACAGGAAAUGGAACCGGUGGCGUCACAUUGGUGCGCGUCAAUGCCUCCAACCGUAAUCAGCGCCAAGUUAUCGUAGCCCCGGAAGUAGCCACUGUAGAGCAGCAGCAACAGCCUGCGGCCGAAGAGGAACUACUGGCCGAUGGCGAGGAAAUCGACGAGGACCUGGACGAAGAUGCAGUGGCCCUAGGUGCACUAUCCUCCUCGACUGCCCAGAUCUUGCGAAAAUUCCGCAUACCCAAGGGCACGGCCGUGACGGCCAAGUCGGGGGACAACUACCUGGCCAUGCCUACUCCUACGCCAUCGCCGCCAGGCGUCGUCAAUUUGGUUAGCUCCGGCGUUGAGGCUUCCGGGUAUGUAGAGAACGAAGAGGACAUCAUAGAAGAGCUGAACGAGGACGAUCUGGUCGAGGAGAUUAUUGACGAGGAGCACAGUCAGGAUCAGCCGGAGUUGCAGGAGGCGUCGACCACUGAUGGCCUCGACCUGAGCAGCACAAACAACACGUCGGCCCCGACGGCAGCCACCAUGCUGUUGGCUCCCCAACCGCCACCGCUGCAGCUACAAACAGUGGCCUCCAAUGGCACUGUGACUUGCUUUAAUCUACCGGCCAACACCAUCCUGCUGCAGUCGGCGGAUGGCAGCAUAAUCGCUGCCACCCAAGUACCACAUCCCAGCAAGGCUGGUCAACAGCAGUUGAUAGCUUUGCCGGGUAACGUUGCCCUGGCCACCGAACCAGCCGCGCAGGCGCAGCCAACAGCAGCGCCUCAAGCCACGCAGACUCUGAUCCUUACUGCCGAUGGCACGGCCAUCCCCAUCCUGGCGACCACUCCCCAGCAGCAACAACAACAGCAGCAGCAACAACAACAGCAACAGGCUGCCGCUGCUGCCGCUGCUCAGUUGUUCGCCGCGUAGGGGCUAAUGGGUGGCCAAAUGGGUCGAUUUUUGAACAGUGCCACCAUAAUGCCGACUACUUACUUCUUUUAGAAAUCUCAUAAAGAUUCAAUAGUGAUGCAGUUGCUCAUGGCACAAAGCUGCAGCUAAGUUCUGUGCUGUCUGCAACGUUAGAAUACUUCUUAUUUUCGGUUUUUGGAAUACUUCAAAAAUCGUCACAUUUGGCCACCAAUAAUGAAGGGGGGAAGUGCGAACCAAAAUGAAUAAUAACUCAAACAUAAGCCAAGCUAAGCUAAAUUAUGAUAUUACCACACUGUUGGAGGUGCAUACAAAAUUUAUUUUUUUAUUCAAGAAUUACAAACCGAAUGCCUACAAGAAUGUAAAUCAAAUGUUGUUCAACACACAGAAACACACACAUACGCGCGCGCUAAUGAUGUGGCGGAAGAAUCAAAUAUAUGUAUCGUUACAAGGCAAACUUAAUAGGAUCGUAAAUUUAAAUUAUUUGUACGCCUAAGCUAAAUUCUAAACUUUUAAGUCCAAAGACGAGACACACACCCCAAACCAGUUGUAACUAUUUAGCCUGCCCAAGUGCAUAGGUGCAGGCCAAAAUAUGUUUAGCCUAAUUUAGUGUUGCGGGAACUAUUCCGUUUUUAUUGAAGGAUAACUCAUGACUUUUGAAACUCCGCGGGAUAGUUCUCUAUAGAUACUUAUAAAUAUAAUUUGUUCCUUGCAUAAUGAGAGAUACACACCGGCAACUAUGCAACGUAAUUCAUGUAGUAUUUAUUCAUUAAGUUCUCAAUCUAUUUAUUUAUUUUUGUUAAUCAUUCUUAUCCACCGUGCACCCAGAAUCCUUGUCAUUAUAAUUUCAUUUAACGUGUUGUAUAUUCUUUACAUACAUAUAUAUAUAUAUAAAUAUAUAUAUAUAUAUAUUAUAUAUUUUAUUUGCAAUUUCGUUAUGCCAUUCAUACAUACAAAUAGGAAUACAAGCAUAGCACUGACCUAACAUUACUCUAAGUUGUAGGCUCGAUACUUUAGACUAAAGUAUUUUUUUAAAACGAUUCUUGCGAUACCAACGACCCAAGAACAAACAACAACACACUAAACUAAGCGAAGCUAGACUAAGCCUGAAAUAAGUUUAAUCGAUGGAAGACAAUGAUUUAAAAUAUAUAUAUAUAUUAAAAUAUGUAAUCUAAGACAAAUAAGCAAAAAUGAGUUGCACUUCUGUAAGAUAUACUUUAAAUAUAAUAAAGAAGCAAAAAGCUACAAAUUAA